UUCGCCCGCUAUUUUUUCCGUGAUUUUAGCCGAAAAUCGGGAUCAAAGAGAUUACGCGGUACGAUUAUAUACGGAUAGAAUGAUCGGUGUGUCAAUUUACGAAAGUUUCUUGGAUAAUAUGCAGAAGAAAAGAUGUUUUCGAAACGAAAGCGACGGUCGGUAAAGCUAAAGGGAGCAGGCGUGGACUGUGGGUUCGAGUCGGGCGUGGGGAUGAACUCUACGGGGAAUGCGAGAGGGAGGAGGACUGGGGCGCUUCCUGUGGUUGGCACUAGCCUAAAAAAGCUCCAUAAACAGAAUCGCGGCCGAAUGUCUUUUCAAUGCAACGAAAAUGGUGAAGUGUGGGAAAAGGUGGGCAUUGAGUAAAGGCUUCGACAGUUCGAACCAUGACAGAGGCGUCAGAGGAUGGUAACUAUCUGGUGAGGGUACGUGCCCAGGUAAUGACAAGGGACGAUAGUUCCGGUGGUUGGGUUCCUUUAAGUGGUGGUGGUUUAGCAAAUGUUUCGGUUAGACGAAGAGCUACUUCGGGUGGGCACCAGUCUAAUAAUGCCAAUGGAUCUGGUAUUUCUACUUCGACUGUCAUACCCUCUAUUACCAACUCUACGCACUCUGUAUCAACUACAGCUGUCGCUACUUCCCAAAGUCAUGGAUCUUCGAGCAGUUCCCCGCCUGGUGCAACUAAGAAGAGGCACGAGUAUCUUAUUUAUGGAAAACGGAUCACAGAUCAAUCAGUUGUUCUUAGCUGUACAAUUAAAAAAGAUUUUGAAUACAAUAAGGUAAUGCCAACUUUUCAUCACUGGAGGACAGGAGAGAAAAGGUUUGGACUGACGUUUCAAACAGCUGCUGAUGCAAGAGCUUUUGAUAAAGGUGUUCGUACAGCUGUUGAAGAAUUAUUAGAAGGGUUGGCUAAUUCAACAUUAUGCGGUAAUACAUUAGAUGCUGGUGAUGAGGAUGUUUUCAUGACUUUGAACUUACCUGUGGAACCACCAGAACCACGUCCAUCAUCUGAUACACCUCACGGCAUAGUUCGAGUGCCCAAUUAUCAUUCCCAGAGUUCAGAUAUUCCUGAUUCGCACAAAUCUAUUCAUUACAUUGGUGGUGGAUCAUCUAUAAAAGUACCGCCAUCGCAACAUCCUUUGGCAUCGACUGCAGAUGUUGGAUCAGAUAACUAUCCUUAUGUGCAGCUCACAUCGCUUAAUCAUGAAUAUUUAUAUCCCAUUAUUGAUGAUCAUAAAGGAGAUCGAUUAGAUAGACAUAAUACCGGCAGUUCAUUGAAGAAGCCGGAUAUUAUAGUAUCUCAACCUGCUAAAAAUACUAUGAAACGUAAUGUUCGAUUACAAUGUAAACAUUGCCAAGAGCUGUAUACAGAACAGAACAAUCCUAGAGGAUCUUGUGAAUACGCUCCUGAUCCUAUUAAACGUGGAAUCGCAAAAAUUUCGUGUCUCUCGUGUGCUCAGGGCAUGUUGUACCACUGUAUGAGUGACGCUGACGGUGAUUUUUCCCAGAAUCCUUGCAGCUGGAUCAUCUGAUACCAUCUGUGAAUCUGUAGUCAUGUCAAUCACAUGGGCCUCUGAAGAUUUUACUUUCCCGUUCUUUGUGUCAAUUGUGCCGCCCGCUAGUGUCCAACAUCACUAGAGCGAGUCUGUGAUGUAACUCUGAGUAGUGAUAUCAAAUUCUGCCAGCAGUCCGGGUCUCCACGUACCAUGCCAGCUCAACCGCUAGCGAUAUUGCCGUACCGCAGACAUCCCCAACGGCAAUGUAGGAACACAACUCCAAUAGAGCAGAGUGAGUGUCUCUAAUCAUAUUGUCGAUAUUAGUAUUAGUAAACCAUUGCUGCCACAGCUCGGUAAAAGAAGCCGCAGCGUAUCCGUCUUGCCUGAUGAACACGGAGAUUUGUGCUCCUUCAAUGUUUACUAAUGAGGAUGUACUUUGAUAGGCGCAGUCUAACAGUACCAAUAGUAUUUUCUUAGGUCCCGGAAUGCUCACACUAUUUAUGACCGGCAUGAAGGUGUAGCUGUUAAUUCUGGUCGUUUCCCAGUUUUAGUCUCGCCAGGUUAUCCCGCUAUGCCAUCCUAUGCACCCUGCCCACAAAUUGCUAUCCAUAAAGCUAACUAAGUAGGGUAUGAGCGAUGAGUUUGCCAGAAAGAUGUUUCUCACCGGCACCUUGGUCCAAUUGCUAUCUAUGCCGGAAUAGUUGAAGGUUUGGAUAUCCGUUUCAAUGUUCUUAUUGCCCCCAUAGAUAUGGCGAUAUCUAAAGGGACAAUGGUCAGCUUACACUGUGGGAAUUUCCACUGAUUCUUUGGAAUAUGCACUUUUUCGUUGUUAACCGUCACAUCCUCAGUCUCAGUGCGUCCGAUAAAUUGAUAUUUGGAUAGGUCGCUGGCAUAAAGUUUUCCGUCUAACGACAGAAACAAGUACAAGGCAUGUACCAGUGCCGCAACUUCAAGGGCCAAUUCCUUUGUGUUGGUUAUUUAUUUAGCUAAUGUUAUUAAACUUGUGUUUUAGCUCCGUCAUCCUUUCUGUCCCGCUUCUGUGUCGAGUACUGGAUCGUUUGGUUUCAGUAUUUUGUGAUAAGGCCACAAAUUGUCUUCCUCUUUCUUUAUAUUAUUUAAAGAAAUUAAAAAGUCCAGUGUUCUUCCAGGACGAAAUUGUAUAAUCGCAUUCAGUACAAAUCACGUUUGAACAUGUUUUACAAACGUGUACAAGCACAAAGUAUAUAAAUUUAUAAUACCUAUUUGUCCAUUUAUUUCUUACUCAUUUAUAGAGUCCAAACUAUCUUCGCCCUGUUCGUUGUCGUCAUCCUAUUUAUCAAAAAUCUUAAUCUGCUUACUGUCGCUUUUGGCAUUGCUCAAAAUGUUUCAUUUUUUAUCUACGAAUCUGUUUAAGCUCUUCUGCAACACUUUUGUCUGCUUAUUCGGCUCCACUAUUACUUUCCUAUCGCCUCUUUUACGUUUAUCUAUGCUAAAUUCUUAAUUAUUAUUCUCUACUAAGAAAAAAAAUUACAAAAGAAUGUGAAGGUUUCUUUUUUCUUAUUCUAAAUGCAAUGAUCUUUGACAACGCGAAAGGAGUACUAUAUUAGUUAUUUCGAAAACGAGGAGAGUAAAAUAUAAUUAUGUUUUUUCUCUUUAUUGUCAGUUUUGUAAGCCACAAUAUAUGACUUUUUAGAGUUUCAUGCACUUGAUGGAUCUGAAUUGUAUAUUUAAAUUUUAAUUGAAAGGAAGUUAUAUCUGAAUUUAUUAAGAUGCUAUGACCAAUUAAGUGUAUCAUAAGAGUAUAGCUGUUUUUUUUUGCUCAGUAUACAUGACUACUAAUAUUAAUUCAGAAGAUCUAAUUACAAUUUUCAAUCAAGUCUUUUAAGAUGCCACUGUAGAUGACCCAAUGAUCAUGUUAUAAAUGUAGUAGACAGCUUUUACAUUAUUUUUAAAAUACAAUUUAUAAUCAAUAGAUGGUACAACGUGAUGCAGCUUUAAAAUAGCAAUGUAAAUUAAUUACUAAAUAACUUGAUUCACUGAACAUUCAAUCUUCCUGCAGACAUUUAGUUAUUAAAAAAAACAAGAGUAUGAAAUAUUUUAGAAACAUAUAUAAACAUUGUGGAAGACAACAAAUCUAUAUUAUUGUUCAAUAAAUUUUGUUAUGUCCUAUGUUUCUAGUCCAA